CUGAGUGUCUGCUGAGUUCACUGCGGUCCACAGUAACAAAUGCACAUUUCCAUAGUUACAACAUCCGGGAGUGUUUGCGUCUAUAGUUACCAAGAAAUAGGCGGACAAACAGUGGGAUUUUUCUGUUGACAAGUGGCUUUACUUAGCCAACAAUUCACAAUAUGGAAAUGAUCAAAGGUAAUUUAGAAGACAUUUCUCGCCCUGCAUCGAGUGAGCAGACGGGUAGCCGUGUGUCCAGCGUGUCAUUGUCACAUAGUGACAGAAUUGGUGCUACAACUCCAUUUUCCCUUGUUGUGUUGACCAAAGAUGCUGCUGAUAUUCAGAGCCAGAUGAGCUCUGAAGGAGCUACAAUCAACUCCUCAGCCAGAGGUCCUGACAGAAGCCAGUGUUCCAGUGAAGGUACCGAUGAAGAGAAUGAAGAUUCCAAACUACAGAGAGCUAUUGAGGAAAUGAGACGACUUGAUGAAAUGCUGUCUGCAAAGAUCUGCAUAGAAAAGGAAGUCAGGCGUCAAAGGAAAGAACUUCAAGCAAAACUCUGGCAACAGUUCCUGCAGAAUAAACCCGAAGGUCACUGUGAAUGUGCCCAUGAAGCAAUGAACACAAGGUUGUUUUUGGCUCUGGAAGCACCCGCUGGGACAGAAGAGGAGGACGACUUUGUGCCUGUGUUUGAAACUCAAGUUCUCGACUGUGAGCACAAAAGAGACGGGCAAUACUUGGAGCAAAGUGAAAAGAAGCCAGGCAGCUGGACAGAGUCUUCUGAACUAAGCCGUGAGGACACUGGGGAAGAGCACUUUGAAGGCAGCCAGUGGGGAGCUUCCAAAAGCAAGAAAAAACAGAAAGACUUUGUCAAGAGAAACAUUGAGCUAGUGAUUGGUGAAGGGGACCAAGCUCUUUUGACUCAGGCGGAGAAAGAGCAUCUGUCCGAGCUCCUGCAAGGAGUAGACGAAGAGGAAGAGGACAGUGCCAGGGGCGCAGACAGCGAGGAGGACAUGUGGGCCGUGUCAGUGCUGACAGGUCUGGGUUACACCCCGGAGCUAUCUGACCUGGAGCAGCUGACUGACGUCGACUCCAAAAUUCGCCUUCUCCUUCCUGUCGAAGAACUUCUCACAGUGCAAAGCUCAUAUACAAACCUUAGCAUGUGCCAGGGCCGCGGCUCAGAGGCUGGCUGGAAGUGUUAUGGGGACCUGCAGCCAGGAGAGAAGGUCCUGCAGGAUAUAAAGGAGAGGAGAGGGCAGGAGAGGCGGCUCCAAGAGAUCCAACAGCAGCUGGAGAUCCUGAACCAGGGCCAGGAUAUGACUAAUGAGUCACCAGACCUUACUGAGGAGCAGUUACUCAGUCUGCUGGAUGAAUGUGAGCUGAUGGAGAGCUGGACCCAGGAUCUUGAGACGAAUGACACGACACCAUCAACGCCCUAAGAAAGCCCCGAUCCACCUGAAGGCCUGCUAUCAUAACGCCCAUCAAGAUGCAUCAUUGAUGGGAUGUCACCAUCAGGCUACUAGUGGGGUUGUGAGAGAAAAAUGACUGGAUGUAAACAUAUUGAAUUACCAGAAUAUAUCUAACCCUAUCACAAUAGACAUUUUGGGACUAUUAAGCUUUCCUAUUUAUGUAGAUAUAACUUACCAGUCUUUUAUACACGCUCUACAAAGUGUCAGUAUUGUAAAAAAAAUAGUAUUUCUAACUUAUCUGGCAAGAGGUGGAAAGUGUAUCAGAAUAUUGUAGAAUACAUUUUACUCAAGUACAAGUAAAAGUACUUGUAUAAAAAUGUAAUUAAGCAAACGUUAAAAGCAUGGCAAUAACAAUAUCAACUGCAAAGUGGCUGCGUCAAUAACACACCAGCAAAGGAGAGACUGCAGUUUUUAAAAUUCGCGUGGCACGCACACGCAACUACGUUAAAAGGCAGCGAAGUGAUUGUUGACGUCGGAAAAAUCAGCUGUUGUGGUACUCACCUGUCUGAACGGCACCGCGAAGUCCUCCACAGUCUGCUCCAGGUUCAACUUCUCCACUCGUUCAUUCUCAACGCGUAAUAUAACUAGUCCACUCAGCCUCUCUGGUCCCAGUAUAACCAGUCCAUUCAGCCUCUCUGUCCCAGUAUAACCAGUCCAC